GGGAAAGUGGCCGAUGAUUGGUUGGGCGGUAGAUGGCGGCUGCUGAUUGGUUGAACGGACGAAGGCGGCUGUGAUGGAGACUCUGGUGCUGGAUAAUGGCGCGAGCAUGGCGAAGAUUGGCUUCAGCGACAAGCGAGUGUGCGUUUUACCCAACUGCCAGUUCCGGUCCAGGACUGCUCGUCUCAAAACCUUCACCUCCAACCAGAUCGAUGAGAUCAAGGAUCCCUCCGGCUUGUACUACAUCCUCCCCUUCCAGAAGGGGUACUUGGUAAACUGGGAUGUUCAGAGGCAAGUAUGGGAUCACUUGUUUGGAAAAGAAAUGUACAAGGUGGAUUUUCCUGAAACCACUAUAAUCAUCACUGAACCAUAUUUCAAUUUUAACUCUAUCCAAGAAUCAAUGAAUGAAAUCUUAUUUGAAGAAUACCAGUUUCAAGCAGUCUACAGGACGAAUGCUGGGACACUAAGUGCUCACAAGUAUUUCGAAGAAAAUAAUUCUGAACUCUGCUGUCUCGUGGUGGAUAGCGGUUACUCUUUCACGCAUAUUGUUCCUUACUGUAAAGGAAAAAAGAUGAAUGAAGGUAUUUGCAGGAUUAAUGUUGGAGGGAAACUACUUUCUAACCAUCUCAAAGAAAUAAUAUCCUACAGGCAGCUGCAUGUGAUGGAUGAAACGCAUGUUAUUAAUCAAGUGAAGGAGGAUGUAUGUUACGUGUCCCAGGACUUCUACAAAGACAUGGAAAUAGCACAGCUGAAAGGUAAAGCAAACACGGUUAUGAGAGAUUACGUGCUUCCAGACUUUAGCACCAUUAAGAAGGGUUUCUGCAAGCCUCUGGAAGAGAUGGUUUUUAAUGGAAAGUACAAGACAAGUGAACAGAUUCUGCGUCUGACUAAUGAGAGAUUUGCUGUUCCUGAAAUCCUCUUUCACCCUUCUGACAUUGGUAUUCAGGAGAUGGGAAUACCGGAAGCAAUAGUUCAUUCUGUGCAAAGUUUGCCUGAAGAGAUGCACCCGCAUUUCUAUAAGAACAUCAUCCUGACUGGUGGCAACGCACUCUUACCAGGAUUCAGAGAUCGUGUUUAUGCUGAUGUCCGAUCUCUUACUCCAUGUGAUUAUGAUGUCUCUGUUUUGCUGCCUGAAAACCCUAUCACACAUUCAUGGGAAGGUGGAAAACUGCUUUCUGAAAGCUCAGAUUUCAUGGACUUGGUUGUUACCAAAGAUGAUUAUGAAGAAAAUGGGCACUGCAUCUGUGAAGAGAAGUUUGAUGUUUGAAAUCAAAAAAACUAUUUAAAUUAGAAAAAUUGAUGAGUUUAAAGAAAAUCAUACUGCAGAUUGCGCCAGUGACACGUUUUGAAUAGAGAGAAGGGGUAUCUUAAUGCUGGUUAUAAACUAUUAUAAUGAAUCAGAAUAGCUGCCUUAACAAAGAUGUAAUCAUCUGACUGAAUCAUUAAUGUUGCAGCUUAUUCCUGACAGUUUUGUCAAAGGCAAUUCUGUAGUUAUUUAUUUAGAAAACUGAACUGUGAGGAGGAGAACAAGGCCACUGGUGAAGACUUCCUGUUUGCAUUUUGUGUAAACAAAUCAUAAUCCUUAAAAAAGACCACGCUUAUGAUUUCACUGCACAAUUAAAGGAGGAAACUUUUCCCUGCAUAUCUGAUUUUUGAAGAAUCUUUGAAUGUUCAUUUUGGCUAACUACUCUUUUGGACUUCCAAAUACUAUUAUAAUCGUUUUUUAAAAACGUAUGCACUUUUUCAGGUUUAAUAAAAACAUACAGCAUCAUUAUUGAUAUAUAAUGAAUAUCCUUUAAUGUUGCUCUCAUUAGAUAGAAUGUAUUUAUAAGGACAAGAACAUUAUCCGUGUAAAAGAAUUUAUUGUAUGUAAUUUGGUGUGUCCAUUUACUGCAAUUUCCUUUACAAUUAGAGGCUAACCAUUCUUAAGAUUCUAAAGUUAUUAAGGUUAGACUGGCUUUUUUAUCCAUUUGUUUUAAAAUGUGACAAAUUUGCAUCUGUGA